GUACUGCUCAGUGUUCCGACCAAUCUAUACGGCAACGCCGGCGACGUUGUCCAGUCCACUCCUCUCAUCCAAAACACCGCGUCUCCGAAUGCGUACUAUCUCUCCCUCAAGGGCAUAACUGUCGGCUCGACGAGGCUACAGGUCCCGGAGUCAGUGUUCGCCUUGAAGCAGGACGGCAUGGUCGGCACCAUCAUCGACUCCGGCACAGGCAUGACGUCACUGCCUCAAGACGUGUACAAUCUCCUGCAUGACGCCUUUGUCGCUCAGGCGAGGCUCCCCGUGUACAACUCGACAACAGCGGCGCCCCAGCUCUGCUUCUUGGUGCCACCGCAAGGCAAGCCAGAUGUGCCGAAGCUGGUGCUGCACUUGGAGGGCGCGACGCUGGACCUGCCGCGGGAGAACUACAUGUUUGAGUUCGAGGAGGCUGGUUGCAACAUCACCUGCCUUGCUGUUAGUGCCUGGGGCGAUCUGACCACAAUAGGCAACUACCAGCAGCAGAACAUGCACGUCCUCUACGAUCUGGCAAAUAGUUUGUUGUCUUUUGUACCGGCACAAUGCGACAGGCUUUAG